UUCCAUCAAUAGUAAAUGAUUCGUAGGAACGAAUAACCCGUUAUUAUAGUCUAAUAAAGUCUAUGGAUUAUAAUAUAUUUAUAUUUAUAAAUUACAUUAGAUUAUCGUAAAGUUUGAGUUAGAGACUAGUUUUAUAAAUUUAUAAUUGUCUAGCUUCAUUUGUCUUACGAGUGUGAAUGAAUUCAGACCUAUAAAACAAUAAAAUAAUAUUUAAAUAGUAUUAUUUUACUACUUUAGACCUUAGUAGUUAGUAGUUAUAGUAGGUACGUUAUUUUGUUUUAUUUUAUUUGGCGUUUUGUGUUUGGAUAUAAUAUUUUAAUUAUUUUAAUUCAAAUAAUUAAAAAAAAUGUACGUUAAACAACUGGUUGCAAAGAAAGCUAAUAGCAAACUUCAAAACCGUCUCCGUAUGAAAAUUUUAAGAGCUAAAAAAAACAAUAUUGUCAAUGAGAUCAACAUUCCUGAACAAGAAACAGAAGUUAUCGACCAAAAGUUACAAUCAGUUCAUGAAUUAUCCACAUUGGAAGUGGAAACUUCAAAAUUACCGAUUGGUCGUCGAAUAGUAAAUAUAAUGUAUGUAUUUGAACAAAUAUUAAAUAACAAAUGUCAAAUGCAUAUUCAAGGGAUGGGAUGUUCAAUUAUUGAUUCAAAAUUUGUAAAAGAAAUACGUAAAGGAUUUAAUUGCUCAUGGAUAUUUCAAUGCGAAAUGUGUAAUAUUGAAACAACGAUACAUUCUGAUAUGACUGAUGAUCAAAAUACAAUUUCAAUAAAUAAAGCUGUCACUAGUGCAUCUUUGGCGGUUGGAAUUGGUUAUAGUCAAAUUCAAGAAUUUACAGCAUGUAUUGAUAUUCCGUGUAUGAGCGAAAAAUCUUUCAUAAAAAGUUCAAAUGAUAUAGCUAAAAUUAUAGAAGAAAGUGCAUGGGAAGAGAUGAGACUAGCUGGUUUACAAGAAAAACAAUUAGCAUUAGAUCGGGGUGAUGUUGAUACGGACGGAAUACCUAUGUGUCCUGUAGUGGCAGAUGGCCAGUGGGGAAAAAGAAGUUAUAAGACAAAAUAUGAUUCAUUGUCUGGAGCAGCAACAAUUAUUGGUUUUCAUACUUCUAAAGUUCUUUUUGUUGGUAUAAGGAAUAGAUAUUGUGUAAUAUGUGAACGAAGUAAUAAUUUAAAACAGAAACCAAAAGAACAUGAAUGUUUUAUGAAUUGGCGAAAAUCUUCAACUGGUAUGGAAGCAGACGGUAUUUCAGAAGGAUUUUUGAGAAGUAUAGAGUUACAUGGUCUCAAAUUUAAUCGACUAAUUGGUGAUGGCGAUAGCAGCGUGACAAAACGAUUGAAAGAAAUUAUUCCUUAUGGUCCUACACGUUUGGUAGAAAAAAUAGAGUGUAGAAAUCACUUAUUGCGUAAUUUCAGUACGAAAAUUUCUGCCGUCACAAAAAAUACCAAGUUUCCCGUUUCACUAAGACAAUUCGUUUCAUCAAAUAUAAUUAAAUUUUCUACUGCUAUUAGAAAAGCGAUUGAAUAUCGUAAAAAUUGUAACGCACAGGAACAUGAAAAAUUAUCAGGGCUUAUCAUUGAUAUUAAUAAUAGUUUUUAUCAUAUACUUGGACAACAUGAUCAAUGUGAAACGUAUUUUUGCAAUAAUAAAUCUCGUGGUGAAAAUUUAGUACCAGUUGCUUUAAAAUGUGGUUUAAUGACGGAACUUAAAAAUAUUGCACGACGACUAAUUGAUAAUGCAACAAGUUUAUUACUUGAUGUAACUAAUAACAUUUGUGAACAAUUUAAUAGUGUCAUCAAUAAAUUUAUUGCUGGAAAAAGAAUAAAUUUUUCACAAAAAAAUGGUUACAAUACUCGUGUAAGGGCUGCAAUAAUUUCUUUUAAUUCGGGAGGAAAUUUUCUUAGACAAAUACAUAAAAAAAUUACAAACAAAAGUCCAGGUAUAAUCGGAAAAAAAUUUUUGUCAUUUAAAAGUCAAAAAAUUACGAAUAAUCGAAAAAGAAGACAACUUAUUCCAAAGAAAAAAUCAAAAAAAAUUAAGAAAACUGGACCAGAUGAAUUUUAUGGACUCGCUGAACCCUUAAAAGACGACGAUGUACUAAGUAAUGAAGAAUUAGAAAUUAAAAAGGAACAAUUCAUUUCACAAUUAAAAUUAAAUAUUGAGGAAUAUCAGAAGUUAGAAGUAAAUACGAGAAAUCAAAGGAAUUGCCAACAAUGGUUUAAUGAAAGAAGAAAUCGUCUUACAGCGUCCAACUUCGGAAAAGUGUGUAAAAUGAGGAGAACUACAUCGUGCAAAAAUACAGUACAUACAUUAUUAUAUGGUACACAGUUACAAAAUAUUAAACAAUUGGAGUAUGGGAAAAAGUUUGAAUCUGAAGCACUAAUUCAAGCUUCCAAUAUAUUAAAAAAAAAUAUAGAUUCUUGUGGAUUUUUUGUGGAUCACGAAAUACCAUUUCUUGGAGCUUCACCGGAUGGUGUAAUUGAAAAUAAAGCUCUUGUAGAAAUUAAAUGUCCUUAUGCUGCUAAAAAUACAAGCAAUAUAAAAGAAGCCAUAGACAAUAAACAACUUCUUUAUGUAGAAUUAGUAAAUGGAAAAAUGUCCCUUAAAAAGGACAGUUAUUAUUUCUACCAGGUCAUGGGACAACUUAGAAUUUGUCAAAAAAAAAUUUGUUAUUUUUUUGUUUAUACACCAAAUUGGAUACAAUAUGAAUGUAUACAUUACGAUGAAAAAUUUUGGCAGACAGAAAUGGAAAAUAAACUAACACUGUUUUACAGAGAAUGUUUGCUCCCAGAAAUCGUAGAUCCUCAAUUUGGGAAAAGAUUGUUAAAAAGUGAUAUACGUGAACCAACUCACAUACAAAAAUGUAUUGACGACAAAAAAAAAAUAUAAUAUAAUAUAUGUUAUAAAACAAAAUUAAAAAUUAUGAAUAAAAGUUUACCUACAUAACAAAAUACGAUAAUUACUUAUCAUAAGUAGUUGAUUAUAUAAUAUAUAUAUACCAAUUUAAUCUAUCUAAUACAAUUAUACUCUCACUUUACAAAUGCCUAAAAGAAAGGUUUAGAAGUUUAAGUUUUAACCUUUUCUCAUUGAACAUAAUACAUUUUACAAUACAGUAAUCCAUAAAAAGCCUUAAACACUUCAAAACAACUUGAUUUUGUUUUAUAAAUUAAUAAUAAUUUAUAUAGUAUAACUAGUAUAAGUUAUCAGUAAAUACUAAGUAAGUACUACAAAACUAAUAUUUAGAUAUUUAGUUAAUAUUAGCUUAGAUGUUAGGUUAUUGAUAUAAAUUAGGUAUUAUAAAUAUUUUAUGAAGUAAGUAUCUAAUAAUGUAUUAAAUACAAAUCACGUAGGUACCCGCGGAUAUUAAAAAUAUUACAGUUUAGUUUAGGUUACUGUUAUGAAUUAGAUAUUAUUCACUGUACUAGUGUAUUGUAUAUAUUUUUAUUGAGUAAGUAUUUAAAAAUGCAAUAAACACAGAUCGCGUAAGUAUGCGCGAAUAUUAAAAAUAUUACGGGUGGUAAUGCAGCAUAAUGUACGUGUAACGUGUAUGCAUUUUAUAUUUACGCGAUCCACCACAGUCGUCGAAGGUCGAGAAAAUAAUAAACGUCGCUCCCGAAUGAGCACAAUCGUCGGCCAGCCGCCGACGACGAGUAGUGGGCGCGGCUUAACCGUCGCGUGCUUGCGCAUCGCGAAAACACCUAACAGCGCGUUCUCUCGGUCGUUGUAUACGUUUCGCUUUCGGUGUGGCGUCCUCUUAAGCGA